AUGGGCGUCCCGAAGCUCUGGGAAAUCCUCAACAAAGCCGGCGAGUCCCGCGCCCUCGCCCAGCUCGCCGUCGUCGACGGCUUCGAUAAGAACGCGCACGGCACCCGCUCCUUCCGCCUCGGCGUCGACGCCGGCAUCUGGCUCCGCCAUGCCCUCCACAGCGCCGGCGGCAAGGACGAGUACCGCGGCGACUCCCCCGAGCUCUGCAUGCUCUUCUAUCGCCUCUGCAGGCUGUCUAGGUUCCCCUUCACGCUUCUUUUCAUCUUCGACGGCCGGUCCCGCCCACAGGAGAAGCGCGGCUCGCGCAUGGGCAAGAGCGGCACCCACCAGCUCGCUCCCGACUUCCAGAAGCUGAUUCGCAUUUUUGGUAUGGAUUGCCGCGAGGCCAAAGGAGAAGCAGAGGCCGAGCUCGGCCGCCUCAACGCCUUGGGCCACAUCGACGCCGUCCUCACUGACGACGCCGACACCUUUCUUUUUGGCGCGCGCAUGCUCCUCAAAAACGUGAGCCUGAACCUGACGGGGAACAAGGCGCACCCUGCGCUCAACCUCAACGGCAAGCCGUGCGAUCAGCACGCCACUGUGUACACAGCCCAAGCGUUUAGGGACCACCCCGAGGUGCGUCUCUCGCGCGGCGGCCUCAUCCUCAUCGCGCUGCUCUCGGGCGGAGACUACGAUUCCGGCGUCUUCGGCGUAGGCACCGGUGUCGCGCACGCCCUCGCGCGCCUCGAUUACGGCGACCAGCUUAUUCGCAACUACACCUCGCUCGACGCCGCCACCUUCCAAGCAUGGCUCCCUGGCUGGCGCGCCGACAUGACGCUCGAGGUGCAGACAAAUGCGAGCGGCCUCAUGACCACUCGCCGCCCGUCAACCACCAUCCCCGCAAACUUUCCAAACAUGGACACGCUCGCAAAGUACGUGCGCCCAGCGCUUUUCGCCAACGGCGGCGGCCCUCCAGCGGACCGCGUCGCGAUCGACGUCCCCGCGCUCGCAGGCUUCUGCGAGCAGCACUUCACCGAGUGGGGCUACCGCUCCAAGAUCCUGUACCGCUUCCCCAGCCUCGUCUACGAAGGCGUCGUCUUCACCGCCCUCCGGCGAGCCGCGCUCAUCACCGAUAAGCGCGAGACGGACCGCCGCAUCGCCGCGGGCAUGCUUCCCGGGGACGCACUCGUACGCGCCGGGUGGCAGCCCUCCGUAGCACAGGCGGUGGGCACGCCCGCCGCGCUCGUCAACACGUGCGCGGCGCCCCGGAAGGCGAAGAGGGCCCCGCCCAAGGAGGCGCAGAUGCGCAGCAUUGCCGGCGCGUUCGCGCGCCAGGGCACGCCUGAGCCUGAGCCGCCCGCGCAGGUCGACGAGGACGAGGUGCAGUUGCUCCGAGGCGCGCGCGGGCCUGUGCGGGAGGAGCAUCCGCUCGUGGUGACGAUCCACAGCACGCGGCAGCACGUGUCGACGGACAAGCUGCUUGAGUACCGCGUUGAGGUGUGCGUGAAGCAGCUCGCGAUCAUCACUGAGCUUGGGAUCAAGGGCAGGAAUAAGGAGCCUGUUGCUGGGGCGAGCGGGUCGCGCGGUAGGGGCGCUGGCAGGGGCGCUGGGAGAGGCAUGGGGAGAGGUGCGGGCAGGGGCGGAGGCAGAGGUGUGGGCAGGGGCAGAGGCAGAGGCGCAGGGAGAGGAAAAGGCAAGGACUGGGCGCCGGACAUGAACCCCGGACGGCGCAGCAAACGGUACGAGGACACCGAGUCCGAGUCCGAGGACCCGCCGCGACUACAGCCACAAACACAAGCACAACCAGAACCGGACGGCGACGAUCCAGCGGACGACGCCGGCACAGCGAAGAAGGCGAAGGACCCGGAGGCGAACAUCCGCAUGUGGAUCCCGGCGUCGAUCAUGCGGCACGUCCACCCCGCGCUCGUCGCCGAGUACGAGGAGAAGCAGGCUGCGAAGAAGGCUCCCAAGAAGCGUGCGACUGGCGCCGCUGUUCCUGCCCCCGCUGUUCCCGCUGUUCCCGCAGAGGUUCCUGUUCCAGCUCCGGUUCCCGCUCGUGUUGUCGUUCCUGCAGCCAGACACGCCGCCAUUCCAGCCCGUGCCGUUCCCGCUCCCGCCGCCAUCCCUGUUGCCGGUCCUGCAGCUCUUCCCGCCUGUAUUUCUGCUGCUGUACCUGUCGUCGUUCCUGUUCCCGCUCCCGCCGCUGUCCAAGUCGCAGCCGUCCCCGCCCCCGCUCCAGCCCCGACGCGCGCCCGAGCCUCCAAAGGCAAAGGCAAAGCCCCUGCGCGCCCCACCGCCCUCGAGAAAGAGAUCCUCCGCAUAAAUCCGCACGCAAGCUUCGCGCCCCCCGCCACGCCCGUAGACGUCUUCGCCCCGUCCUCGCUGCCCUUCCGUAACUGCGGCUUCGUAUUCACCUGGCCGGAGACGGACGACCCGGACGCACUCAUCAUCGAUACGGGCGCGCGCGACGACUUGCCGACGGAGGUGGACUAUGCGGCGGUCGAGCGUGCGGGAGGGGGUGCGUAUCGGGAGUAUGAUGAGGUUCCGGCGCCCGUCGCGAAGCCGAGGGCGAGACGUGCUCCUGCUGCUGCUGCCGCCGCCGCCGCUUCUGCUUCUGCGAUUUCCGUCGCUUCUGCUGCUGCUGUGGGACCCUCUGCUGUUGGUGCCGCCACCGGGUUCUCCGCUGCCGCUAGUGCAUGUCCCUCUCUCUCCACAGCGAGACCGCAAGGAACGCCAGUGCAAACCGAACCUCCAGUGAACACCAGCACUCGCAAAGGGAAAGAACGCGCCGUACCUGAUCCCCAGAACACGCCCCAGACUGCCGCCUCGGCCAGCGUCGGGCCUUCGCGCCGUGGAGGACUGCUCGCUCAGCUAGACGACUGGAACAUGUUCGGCGACUACCAGGCUGCGACCAGCGGCACGAAACGAAAGGCGCGCGCAUCCGUCUCGAGUAGCCCCGCGAAGCGCAGCAGGAUCGACAUCGACGAGAUGCGCGACUCCUCGGAGGAGCCCGACCUGCCCUGGCAGAGUAGCGCUCCCCCCGCGCGGUCCUCCUCCCCGGUAUACAACCCGCGCUCGUCGCCCGUACCCGGCCCACUGCCGUCCUCCUCUCCCGCUCCCAUCCGAUCCGUCUCGCGCUCCAUCUCCGCAGCGCCCCGCCGGAAAGCCACACUCGAUGCGGAGGUCAUCAGCAUCUCGAGCGACUCCGACGGCGAAGGCGAAGACGAAGCGGCUGAUGACGAGCGCGAGUGGUGGGACAUGCCGAUGCACAACGGCCAGCCGUCGUAUUACAGCCAGCGGAAGGCUGCGUCGUCCCAGGCCUCGCUCGCUUCCUCUGCGGCCGCCGAUCUAGACGAUGAUGUCAGGAUGGACGUCGAAGAUGCGUGGGCGGUGCCCGCCGGUUCCGCCACGCCCGUUGGCAAGCGGCUCCCCGCGCCUGCAACCGUGAAGCCGCGCCGCGUCGCAGGGGCAUCCUCCAGCGGGGCGAGCGGGAGGAAAGUGUACCGCGGGGAGCCGGUCCCCUCGUCGUCGCAGGAGAGCAUGCUCGAGGAAGACGUGCUCUUCGAGGGCGCGAGCCUCUUGGUCGACCUGAGCUGAGCCCCCUCGAUCCCUCCUUUUGAACAUGACGUUGCACGAUAUGGUAUUCUUAUUUCUAUGUUCUCGUGGUUGGUCGGACGUCGGUCCUACGUACUGUGUUGAAUGUUCUUUUCUAGCGUACUACCAUCGCUUACUUCCUUACCGAUACGCUCGCGCCGUACUAGUCGUUUACUUUAGUACAAUAUACCAAUUUUAUAGUCUCAAUGUUC